AUGGCUGGGACAAGGGUAGGGUUGCAGUAUUGUUACGGACGAGAUGUGUAUUUAUGGAAUCCUGCUACACUACAGUACAAGCAAUUGCCACGCCAUAAUAUCAAUACAAAUCGCUACGGUAGAGUUGCUUUAGGGUUUGGUUAUGAUCAUAAGUAUGGUAAAUUCAAGGUGCUGGCAAUUUCACAACAGAGGAGGAGUGGCCUCCGUAGAUUUGAAGCCUUUGUGUAUACACUGGGAACAAGUUCUUGGAGAAGCAUUGGAGAAGUUCAGUAUCCUCUUUGGAUGUCAAAACCACAAGAUUCAAGACCGAAGGUGUUUGGAGGUUGUCCCCAUUGGAUUGUGGGUAGUUUGAAAUGUGUUGUUUCAUUUAGUGUUGGAAAUGAGAAGUUUAAUGAAAUUCCAAUGCCCUUCCUAGAUAAUGAUGAAGCAGAAGUGUUGGACUUUGCAUUGGGAGACCGUCUUUCUAUAUUUAGCUAUGUGUUUAACCAGAAACGUUAUGAAUUAUGGGUGAGAUUGGAUGAUGGAUUGGAGAAUACUUGGACCAAACAGCUAUCCUUAAAUGAGUUGGAUAUUCAUGGAUAUAGGUAUGGGUACAGAGACAUGGAGUUGUACGGCGGGCCAGAGUUACUUGAUCCAGUCAUCAAUAUCAUUAAAACUAAGUAUCCUCAUUGUAAGCUGAAUGACUUUCAUGUUUAUUCCUAUAUCGAGACAAUCGCAAUGAUUGAAGAAUGA